UGUUUUGUUUCUUCUAAAACCGACUCAUUCGUUCCUGUUCUCCGAAACUACUAGACUAUCAUCUUCCAUGGAGAAAGGAAAUCCGUGUAUCGUCAUGGUUCCAUGUCCAGGUUUCAGCCAUCUCAUUCCACUCAUUGAGUUGGCAAAACAGCUCGUCGUUUACCACCCUCUCUUCCACGUCACUUUUCUCAUUCCCACAUUUGGCCCUCCCUCCUCAACUACGCUUUCCAUCCUUCAGACUCUCCCACCACAAAUAGACUUCACUGUUCUUCCACAAGUCAACCAAAACGACAUGCCUCCCAAAGCCGUUCAUCCGGCAACACACAUGCAUCUCACUGUGACAUACUCUCUUCCUUCACUUCGUCAAGCUUUAGUCUCACUGAGUUCUCGAACUCAACUAGUUGCCAUGAUUGCUGAUGUGUUCUCAGUAGAUGCAUUAGAACUUGCGAAGCAAUUCAACCUCAAGACAUACGCUUAUUGUGCUUCAUCAGGUGCUUCACUGAGCUUCUACCUCAGUUUUCCCAAACUUGACAAGGAUCUUGAGAUCGUUUCUACUGAGUUUCGAGAGCUAAAACAGCCCGUGAAACUUCCAGGUUGUGCAGCUCUUCAAGGCACGGAUCUCUUUGACACGGUUCAAGAAAGAGCGAGUGAAUCCUACAGAACAAUACUUCACAUCAGUAAAGGAUUGGACUUCGCAGAUGGUAUCAUAUUGAACAGCUUCAUCGAUUUGGAAAGAAAGGUGAUAACGGCUCUGCAAGAAAGCAAUCAUAAAUACCCUCCAAUUUAUCCAUUGGGACCCAUUUUACAAAGUGAAUCAGCUAGCAUGAACAAGCCAGCUUCACAGUGUUUAAAAUGGUUAGACAAUCAACCACCAAACUCUGUUCUAUAUGUUUCUUUUGGGAGUGGUGGAACACUGUCACAAGAACAGCUUAAUGAGCUAGCCUUAGGGUUAGAGAUGAGUAACCACAAAUUCUUGUGGGCCACGAGGGCUCCAAAUGAGUUUUCUAGUUCCGCUUAUUUGUGCGCACAAAAGGAGGACCCACUUGAUUACUUGCCAGAAGGGUUCCAUGAGAGGACCAAAGAUCGAGGUCUUGUGGUCCCAUCAUGGGCCCCACAAAUUGAAGUCCUGAAACACAAGUCCACUGGUGGGUUCUUGACACACUCUGGUUGGAACUCCACACUUGAAAGUGUGUUCUAUGGAAAGCCAAUGAUCGUGUGGCCACUGUUUGCAGAACAAAGAAUGAACGCAGUGAUGCUAACUGAGGAGUUGAAGAUUGCUGCAAGGCCAAAAGAGAAUGAAAAUAAUAAUGGGAUUGUGGAGAAAGAGGAAGUUUCUAGAAUUGUAAAGAGUGUCAUGGAAGGUGAUGAAGGCAAGGAGAUUAAUAGAAGAAUUCAAGUGUUUAAGAAUGAUGCUGUUAAAGCACUAGGAAAAGAUGGUUCGUUCACAAGGACGCUCACUAGUUUAGCACUUCAAUGGAAAAAUUUGAGUGGCAAAUAGAGUGAAACCAAGCUGUCAAUUUAUUUUAUUGUUAUUUUCUCUUUGUGGGGUGUAGUUUUUAUCUUUAACAAUAAAUUUCUUAUUUGAGUCUCA